CAACCCUACCCUCGGUUUCUAUUUCCUCCACGAUGACCCAAAAACUCAUCCAACAAGCCAUCGACUCUCUCGGAAAAGGCUUUGAUUUAACAUCCGAUUUUCGAUUGAAGUAUUGCAAAGGCAAACAUCGCUUAGUCCUCCUCAACGAAAAUGAAUCCAAGGACCUUCUUGUACCCGGAUUCGGCUCCUUCAAAGGUGCAUCCUCCGAUAUCAAAUGCGACAAAGGUGAUCGGGUUCGAUUUCAAUCCGACAUCCUCGACUUCAAUCAGAUGUCGGAGUUUUUCAACCAAAAGUGCUCGGGUCCCGGGAAAAUCCCAAACGGGUUUUUUAACGCCAUGUUCGGGUUUCAAAGUGGUUCGUGGGCAACGGAUGCCGCUAACACCAAGUAUUUAGGGUUGGAUGGUUACUUCAUUCAAUUGUUUAACGUCCAUAUCGAUCGUUAUCCGUUAAUUCUUUCCGAUGAAGUUCGAAACGCUGUCCCGACUACUUGGGAUCCACCCGCUCUUGCAAGAUUCAUAGAAAAAUAUGGGACUCAUAUAAUAGUAGGGAUAAGCAUAGGGGGGCAAGAUGUAAUAUUGAUGAAGCAAAACAAAUCUUCCAACUUGGAGGCUUCACAACUCAAAAACCACUUGGAAAACCUUGGAGAUCAAUUGUUAAAUGGGGCUUGCACUUUCUCUCCUCAUCAACUCAAAUCCAAAGAUCACAAGAACAAGACACCCUUAGCAUUUAGUAGCGUCUUUGAUCUGGAACCAAUGUUCUUCAACGGCUUCUCGUCUGCCACAACGAAGGAUGGACUAAGCGUCAUGUGUUCAAAGAGAGGUGGAGAUUUAAUGUCGAGCACACAUUGUGAAUGGCUAUUGACAGUACCGUCGAUGCCAGACGCAAUUAAUUUUGACUUCAUCCCGAUCACGUCUCUCCUUCCCGGUGUUCCCGGCAAGGGUUUCUUAUCGCAUGCCAUCAAUCUGUACCUUCGUUAUAAGCCUCCUAUUGAAGAUUUGGAAUAUUUCUUGGACUUUCAGGCCCAUAAACUAUGGGCUCCAGUUCAUAGUGAUCUAUCAUUGGGCCCAACUACAAAUAGGGCCAUAAGAAGCCCAGCCUUGAAUUUCAGCUUGAUGGGGCCCAAGCUCUAUGUUAACACAACUCAGGUCACGGUAGCAAAGAUGCCUGUAACAGGAAUGCGGCUCUAUCUCGAGGGUAUGAAAUGCAACAGGCUAGCUAUACAUCUUCAACAUUUAUCGGGGACACCGGUUCUAUUUCAAGAUAGAAUAAGUGAAGCUUUAAAUUGGCGCGGAUCAGAAGAAAUUGGCGAUUCACGCUUUUUUGAACCGAUUCAAUGGAAGAAGUUUUCACAUGUUUGCACGGCCCCAGUAAAAUAUGAUCCUGACUGGGCGUUACCAGGAAAAGAUGCCUCAUAUAUUGUCACAGGAGCUCAACUUCAUGUCAAAAAUCAUGACUCGAGGAGCAUUUUGCAUAUCCGGUUGCUUUAUUCCAAGGUUUCGAGCUCAUGCAUUGUUCAAUCAUCCUGGGCUUCAGGUCCAGUCUAUCAAUCACAAAGGUCGGGAUUUUUAUCAGCAAUAAGUCAAUCAUUAUCUGGAAAUCCAGAGAAAGAGUUGAAAUCAUCUGAUGUGGUGGUAGAUUCUGGUAUUUAUCCAAAUGGGCCACCAGUAGAGGUACCGACACCAAAACUUUUGAAGUUUGUCGAUAUGACACAGAUAUGUAGGGGACCAAGGGACAAUCCCGGACAUUGGUUAGUCACUGGAGCUAAACUUCACCUAGAUAAAGGUAAAAUACGCCUUCUCGUCAAGUUUUCCUUGUUGAACAUAUGUUAAAUAUGAAAAAAUUAGAACGAGAAAUACGAUAAAAGUAGAAAGGUAAAGUUGUAUAAGUCGAGUGAGAGUUGCCUUAAUUGUUUUAUCUCUUUAUGCACGUACAAAUGUCGAUUACUCAUACUGCUUUAAAAAAAGUAAGAUGAAAAAUUAUCAGUUUUGUAAAUAUACAGAAACAUGUGGGAUGAUGAAAGAGUGUUUUUGUUCUUUUAUAGAGUUAUUUAUUUAUUUGUAAUGAUUU